AUGGUCCGUUAUUUGGAAUUUGAACAUAUUUUUAAACAUCCUUUUGAGAAAGUUAUUCGUGCAUACUUCCAAAAGGUAAGCGCUGGAUCGGUCAUCGAUGGUAAUUGAUUUCGUCGUGAAGAAAUAAGCUUAAUAUAUAAGCUUGGUCAAUAAUUGAGGGUGCGUUUAAUAUCGGUGGGGAAAACUAGUCUGCUAAGCCAAGUGAUAAACUUUUUCCCAUGUUAACUAAUUGUACCAACUGGUAGACAUUUUAUUUAGGCCUGUAAUACAAGGUCACUUGGUAAGACAAGAACAAUUACCAAUGUAAGCCUAUUGCUUCAGCUGAUUUCCUCCCUAGAGCUCUUACAACAUCAGCUACAGCUGUUUCGGAUACACGAGACCUGCGAUGUCAAGAACGUCUUUGGAUUUUGGGUGCUAUGUUAACGGUUUGAUUGACGUCGGAAAAAAGUCAACGUCCUGAAACGUUUCGCGUUUUAUCCGAAACACUAGAGCUGUUUAAAUGAAAUAAAGCUCUAUUCAAAUUAGCCCUUUGGUCUUUGUCCGUUGUCAUAGGUUACUUGAAAAAUCAACAAAAUAACAUUAUUGAAAGAAUUACUACUAAAUUCGUUGUACCGCGCUGCACGUUUUGUAAACUUCGAAGAGAUUUUGGGUUUUUGUAUUCCGUCAAUCAUUUGAGUGGGGGUGGGGUACCCAGUUAAUGCAAAUUGUAAUGGGCACUUUCCAUUUAGUCAACAUUUCCGGAAUUUCCAGUUAGGCGGUAACUGGAACAUGUUUUGUCGGUUCAUCCCAUUGGAAAAUUCCCAGAAAAAGUGGAAAAUCUAAAAAGGUGGGCCCGUUUUCCCAGUUGCAAUUUGCGAACAGAAUUUUGUCUUCCAUUUACACAUUUCUCGUAGUUUGUACCAGUUCCAGGUCCAUGGUCGGGCACUGCGACUUACCGGGGUUUACUACCAAAUGAAACAACUUUUUACCAGGCAGAAAUUCCACCUUUGCUCCCACCGAAAUUUCCGUUUUUUUUCCUAAAUGGAGAGUGCCCAACGCUUGAACAUGUUGCCGAGCUUGACCUGCAAAUUAAAACAAAACUGAAAAUGGCAAAGAGAAUUGCGAUGGUGAGUGGAAUUUUUCUCAAGGGAAGGAGGCAGACAUUGCUAUAUUCCUUCAAAUGACAAUAAAAAGAAAGAUCAGAAAUAAAGUUUGAAGCAAACUAGUCGAUUAUAGCCCGAAACAGGAUGAUCACAAGCAGCGAACCUUGAAACACAGAAAAAAACCAAAAGGAUCAAAAUCCACCAAUCACAAAUAACAAACUAAGAUCUUUUGAACUCGUUCAAGUAAACUUGUUUCCUAAGAAGUCCGCUAAGAUGAUUGACGGGACAGGAAAGCCCAAAAUUCCUUUAGAGUUUGCAACCUACGCAGCACAAUACAACAAAUUUGACAGUAACUAUCCAGCCCUUAUAGUCUUUCCAGUCCAGCUGGUCUGAUGACAUGACCUUAGGUGUUGAAUUUUUAUUUAUUUUUCAUUCCCGCACAGUACACAAGUGGUAAAGAUAGCAAUGUGACGUCAAUAAGAGUUGUGGAACACAAAGUAGGUAGGUGCACAUUGUCAAUGGUAGUUUUUCUGAUCACUUUCAAUCACUGGAUAUCAUCCUUAAAAUAAAACACCUUUGAACAACUAUAUAUUUGAUGACAGUGGUCUCAGCACUUUUGUUGCUAUAGGCCUUUUGCAUUAGUUGAUUCCGGAGUUGAUCACCUGAUCAACUUUUGGUAAACACGAAAACAGUGUGCUUUGGAAAACUUUUGCUAGCACGAGCUGAAUGAGCAUAUUAAAAUUAGGUGACCUAAAAAUUUUGAGCCAUAUAUCCCAGAAGCAGCAAUUGCAACCGCCGGCAAAAAAUAGAAGGAUUUGUAUGAGAAAAACAACUCUUCCCACCCAGUCAUGCUUGAGUGGUUUUUCAUACAACUCCUUGUAAAUUCUGAAAUUUUUAAACUGUCUUUUAAGCUUUUUCUUACGCAUUUAAGGGCUCAAAGUGCCUGUUAUUAAUUAAAAGGACAUUUGAGCCCAGUAAGUUGUUAUUUUAAGGAAAUACCGUAAAAUUCUGAAAAUAAGCCCCUCCAUGUAUAAGCCCCUCCAAAUAUGAGCCCCCCAAUCCGGUAAUGCAAAAAACCCUCCGUUAAAUCGCCCCUCCAAAUAUAAGCCCUCCGGGGGCUUGUACUUGGAAAAUUACCCUCAAAUACAAAGUAAAACAAAGCAAAAACGGUAAAUUUACGUCCAACUAUAUGGCUAGCCCAAUCGAUUUAGAAACGCGAAUUUCCCUCUGUAAAUAAGCCCCUCCGAAUAUAAGCCCCUCCAAAAAUAAGUCCCUCGAAAAGAGCCUUUGAAAAAUAUAAGCCCCGGGGCUUAUUUUCGGAAUUUUAUGGUAUUUUGCGACAAUUUGAAAAUUUCAGAAUUUAAAAAGAUUUGUAUGGAAAACCAUUCAAGGGUGAAUGAGGGGCAAAUUUUCUUUUUCUCAUGCAAAUCCUUCUAAUUUUUGGCGGCCGUUGCAACCUCUACUUUUGAGAUAUACAUGUACGGCUGAAAAUAUACUGGUUACCUAAUUUUAAUAUGCUCAUUCGGCUCGUGCCAGCAAAAUUUUUCCAAAGUGAACUGUUUUCGUGUUUACCGAAAGUUGAUUAGGUCUCCCAUAUGUCACCAAAGUUAAUAUUAACCAGAAGGCCAGGGAAAUGCUCUACAUGAAAUAGGCCAGGUUAUCAUGAAAUGUGGCUUAGCAGGUCUGAUUUUGAGUUUAUUAGGGAGUAGUUUAAGAUACCAUGACUGCCCCUGUGGUUAAGAUGUCACGGAAAAGGUGAAUUCACAUUGUUUGAAAAUUCACCUUGGUCACUUAUUACACUGAAUUUUUACAUUUUGAAUCAAUUAUUAUAAAAUUUGUAUUAAAUUGGCUGUUUUUAUUCUGACUUACAGUAUGUUGUUACUAGUGCAAAUUUACAUUCAUUUGUACAGACCUGCGAGUGAGUUUCAUGUGCCUUUUGUUUCUUCUCUUAGACCCAGAAACUGGUGAGGAGUAUAUGAUCAGAAGAGGGGAAUGCGUUAAUGUUUUACCAGGCAUUUUAAAAAAGGUACAAGUACAAAUUUGAAGGGUCAACACUGGUAGAAGUGACAAGUUUGAAUAUAUAUUUUAAAACAAAGUAAUUUAAUAAAGGCUUUGUUGCACUUCUAAACUGUAUCUAGAGGAAAUAGGACAUUAUGUUUAUCACCUAGUGAUAUUAUUUUGCUUUUAUGAAGCAAAAUGAUAUUGUAUACACAUGUACAUGCAACAGCAGUUAGUCAACCAAACUGCACACAUGUAAGGUCAGCCUCAGGAAUGAAACAAUACAUCAUAGUCUAUAUAGGCUGGUCAACAGUUGACCUGGUAACACUUCACCUAAGUCAGCUUUCAGACAAAGGUUUAUGAUUUGAUAUCAGUAAAAAUGUAGGUCAACAAAAAAAAAAAACAGUGACUUACACAUUAUCAAAGAAAGAAUAAUGGUAACAUUUUAUAUUGUACAGUAUAAUAAUAUUGUAAUAAACACCUCUUUUCUCUACUUCAUUAAUAUUCCUGAAUAUUGAUAAUUAUUAUUUCCCUUUUGAAUGUGAAAAUUUAUAAGAAUGGGCUUGCAUUGGUUCUCUACAUUGUAUUUUAAUUCCUACUUUGAAAGCUAGAAUUCACCUACAGUAGAACAAGCAUGAUAUACUUUUCAUAAAAAUACAUUUCUCGAAUAAUUACGUAGGUCUGUCCAUACCCAGCACUUGAAGUUGAAGAGGAAGUGUGGUUAAACAAAAAAGAGAAAUGUCUCCAUCUUCACUGUUACAACUUGACAUGGUCAAAGUAUGCUUUUCUUGAAGAGUACAGCUGCUAUCGAGCAUGUGACAGCAACCCAGACUGGUUAGUCCUGUUAGCCACUAUUAAAGCAAUCUUAUUUCAAUUUUUACAUGUAUCUUAGUUUACUGUAUAACUUUAGCUAGCAGCUGGGCCUGGUUUGCAAGCAUUUUCUCUAGUGCAUUAUCUCAGCCCAGAUUGCAAACAAUACAGUCAGCCAGAAGCCGCCAACACAUCUAAAUCAUCAGCUAAGACAAGCAAGUAAUUGCCCUAGGCAGCAAACUGUAAGAGCCAGUUGCCUAAAGGACAUGCUGGAAUUCAAGACUUUUUUUUUCCAAGCACUGCUGCAAUUAUUUGAAUUUCUUUUUAUAUUUCUUGGUAAUGUGUGGAGGUCUCUUACUGUAUCAUUAAAUGGAAAAAUUAAUUGCUAAAAAUGACCUCACCUUUAAACUGAAGAUUGGAAAAACAUAAUUUCUGAACAUGUCUUGCAAUCAAUUAGUUGAAAUAAGCUAGUGAUUUUCAUCUCUACAUAGGGAAGAAAAUAAUAAUCGCCGAGGAUAUAACAGCAGACAUUAAUAUUUUUGUGGCAUUUUCAGGACAUUAUUUGAGCAGCGAGCUAGUAUCAAUGUCUACGGUGUUGGUUCAGUAAUUGGCGGAAUGUUUGAAGCCUUUGGACAAAGGUUCUUUCAACAUGGGGCUAAAAAGGUAAAUUUUUUGUGAAAUUUUUCCAUUAAUUGCUGCCUGAAACGUCAAGUUUGCUUGUCAACGACCCAGUUUUCUUCAGUGAUUUUGUUUUUGUUCUAAUUUUUUUUUGUUUUUCGUUUUUGCUUCAUGUUUACUUUCUACACAUGAAUUGAAAGGUUAAAAUCCAUUUGCUACAGUUUUGGCUGAAAUUAGAUCCUGUAUGAGUGCACUUUCAAUUGUUUUUAAUCUUUGGAACCAUAUCCCUUAACAAAAUUUCUACCCUGUAACAGCUCUGUAGCAUCACUGGAACAGGGUUGUAAAACUAACCUGUGACAACCCUGUCACAGCUCGUCAUUUGGCACAGUUAGCAAGGCUGUUUCUACACUGUAGCAGCCUUGGAACAGCCCUGUCACGUUUAACUCGAAAUUUCUUGGUAGACACCCUGUAACAGCCAUGUUACAACCCUGUUUCCACCCUGCGAUGGACAUCCCUGCCACAGCUCGUGAAUUGGCACAGUUAGCAAGGCUGUUUUUACACUGUGGCAUUCCUUUAACAGCCUUGGUACAGGUUUCAUGCAUCACAACCCUGUUACAACUUGUUAACUGGCAGUUAACAAGGCUGUUUUUUUUUUUACCGGGUGCCAAUGUUGUGAUACUCCCUCUCACACAAUCUACACUUUAGACAGCAGCCGUUUAACUUCUAUACAUUAGGAUUAUAGUACUAUCAGAACAUAAUUUUUUAUAACUUCAUAUCUAUUAAAGAUGAAACUUCAUCUUUUUUAGGCGUAUUUGAACUCAUGAAAAUUCCUGAAGCAAAGGAACGAUUUGCGCCACAAAAAGCUUCAAAGUUGAACCACCAAUGGCUGGUUUAGUCCGUUUAGUCACAAAGCACUUAAAACAAAAGCAAUGCAUUUCAACAAUGAUGCAUUGAAAGAACACUUUCAAUAAAGGAAAAUACUAAAUACAGUCAAUAAAGAACUUAACGUUACUUUAUUUUUCACGUGCCCAUGUUACAGUGUGUAAAAAUAUAAACAGAACGAAAUUUGAACAGCAUACAACAGUCUGAUCUGGCUUGUAAAUACUUGGUCAUAGUUGCUCGAUUUAAUGUACAACUAGCACAUCAAAAUGCCGACUUUACAACAACUGUCUCAAAAAACAAAAAAACGAUUUUUGUCAGCAAUUAUUUAGAGAUGAAACGCGGAACUGUUCCAUUGUAACAACGGUUCCGAGGUUGACACUUAUAAUAAUUCUUUUGUUUGGGUUGCAACAAGCUUAAUUUGAAAUCGCUCACCUCGAUCGUCUUUCCUUCAUGAUCCACAAUGUGUUACAUUUCCUCAUGAAAAGAGCCAAUCCAUUUGUGUUUCAGUUGUUGCUGAAUUGUUCAAUGGUGUACGAAAUGAACUUGCGUUAUUACUAGGCAGGGCAAACAAUCUUUGAAUCUUGCAAGUGCAGCGGAAUGUUUUCUGUCCACUAGAUCGAUCUGUUUCCCAUUCGUCGAAAGCACAGUUAUUUUUUUGCUAAUACUUUUUCACUCUCUGCUUCAAAAGCAGUAAAAAAUGCUCUACAGCCUUUUUCAAUCCAAACUGGAUGCAGAAAACGUUUGAAUAUUUUCCCCUUUCAUUCAAAUAAUCGUGAGUCGUUUCAGGAAUGGAGAUAUGUAAUGCGAUCUUCCGGUAAAAGUGCUGACCAAUAAGAUUAAGGUCUUGGAUUUCUCCAGGGAAUUCCCGAUGGCGUGUGUCUGUCACGGAAUGAAAAUAUUUAAUGCCAUACUUGCAGAGGUCUCUCAGGUAGGAACACAAAUUGAAGUGAUCUGAAAGUCUUUCAUUUUUAGUACAUUGCUGUAAAAAAUUAAGUUACAGCGGUUUUUUUUAUUAUUUAAAAGAACAGGAAGAACGGGAGCUGAUGAAAUCAUAAGAAGGUCUUCGUUUUUAACAUGAGAUAAAAGUCUAAAAAGAAAGCAACUUCAAACUACAAAGGUAGCCACAACAUCGGUAAUUAAUUGAUGUAAGUAUCAAUGAAAAAAAAAAAAAAAGAAAAAAACGAAGCAAAUCCAAACAAAACCAAAAACAGCAUACUAAAAGGUGUACAAUAAUCGUGUUUGAUGAUUUAGCGAUACCAUUUUCACCAAGUUCUUUUUCGUUUUAUUUGUAUUAAUGAUCUAGCUGACCCUCACUCCUUUUAACACUUUAGACUUUGAAAAAUUUUGCCAUCUUUCAUGAUUUAUGGAGUUUACCGUACUUGGCUACAUUGUUACUGCCCUUUGAUUAUUUUCCACUGUGUGAACAGAAAUAGACAUCUCACAGCUCUGUAGUAACCCGGUUACUGUCAAAUGUACCUAACACAGCCGUUCUGCAUCCCUGUCCUAGUUCUUCUGCAUUACUAGGUAGCCCUGUCUUAACCCUGUUACGGUAACUGGAUAUUUUCACAGCCAUGUAACAGGCUUGUUACACUUAACUAUGUACACUUUUACAGCCCUGUCACAGCUCCACUUGUUUUAACUCAAGUAAGUUGCAGCUGUGUUACAGCCCUGUUACAGCCAGUUUACAGCCCUGAAAUAAUGCAAACAGGGCUGGAAACAGGAUGUUACAGGGCUCUCACAGGGUUUUUGCAGGGUAGAAUUUUUUCUAAGGGAUAUUACACAUCCCGUCUAACAACAAACACCACUUGACUGAAUAAUGGCAAUCCCAAAAUUUCUGGGAGCUUUGAAGUUUUUAUCAAUUACACUUUUUGCUCACAGAUACAGAACUGUAGUUACAUUUUUAAUGUACAUGUUUCAUAUUACGUCCAUUCAGUUAAAUGAACACUAGAAAAAGUGAAGUUUAUCUAUCCACUUUCUUGUUGUUAUUGUUUCAGGGUUUCAACAUUAUGGAAGAUCUUAUAGUGGGUUCAUAAACUCAAGCUUUAAUAACCAGACGUCAAACUGAAACAGAAGAAGAGUUAAAAUUCUGGUGCUUUUAAAAAAUAGCUUCUUCAACCUAGUAUUGCCUUUUACACAAGAAAUUCUUUCAGAUUUUGCAUAAAUGGCUCUUCAAAGAAGAACUGAACUUUCAAAUGAGAACAGCUGUCAGCAUGCCAACUGGAACUUGCUACACUUUUCUUUUAUGAGUAGACUUUCCCAUGUCUUGCCUAGUUCAUCACUAUUCCACUCAACGGGCCACACUGCUGGCCCAAAGUUCAAAUCAACAUAUCAGUUUACCUUGUUGCAGGUAGCCUGAGUAAACUUAAUGUUAGUUAGCGUCAAACCUCUCAUUAGCCUCUAUGACAUGCAGCCGAAUUCCUUUUGGAACAUACCGACUACUCAAGUAGGCAAACCCGUAGAAUAACUACUGUACACUGAGCGUUCACUGUAAAUUAAAAAGAUCUGUUUCAGCCCCAAAGUGUCAAUUCAGCCCUGCAGGCCAAAGUCUGAUUCAGCCCUUCUUGGAGCCAUUUGAGCACAAUUUAGGCCAAAAAAGCUCUAUCAAAAGGCUAUUCCAGCCCACGGUAGGGCCCAUUUCAGCCCUGGGACCAAAUCAGCCCUAGCUAACUGGACUGUAUUGGCCGUGAUUUAAGGGAGCCAAAUUAGACCCAAAAAUAGGACUGUAUUUUACUCACCGAAACGGCCCUGUUUUUAGGGCUAAAACAGAUCUUUCUGAUUUAGAGUGUUAUGAGCGAAAUUGAUAAUAUAUACCCCGAAAGCAAAAAGUAUUCGAAGAAUAGUUAAGUUAUGAAGGUCUAUAAAAAAUGUCUACAAAAAAUUGGCAAGCAUGAUAGUACGUGUAAUAGAGGUAUCACUUCGAGGCCUUCCCAUACUUUUUUUUUGUUGUUUUGUUUUUUUUGUUUACGUCGUCCGACAAACCCGCGCAACGCUUGCCAUUUUCUAUACAAAAGGGAACGACGUAGUUCAACCUUUUUUUAUUUCUUCAAUUCUUUUAAUCUGAAAAAAUCAAUGAGCAUUGUAAUAGCAUUUCCAGGCAUAGAUGUUUCGGUGGUAUAUCCUCUUUCCUUUUUACUUUCCAGGAAAGUUCUCGUUCCGGG